UCAUAUUCAGAAAUACUAAGUGCUGAGCUGCUUUGAGGACGCAUCAUUGCGCGUAUAUUACACGGGAUCUGCAAGCUUUUCAAAGCUGUAGGUCGUAGAUCGACCUCUCGAUUCGUCUUCCCAUUGCCAUAUCACAAAUCUCCUUUUGCAAUUAUGCCGUCCAGUAAAGCAUCCUCGGGCGUAAAGAGCGACCUUAAGUCAGCAGCAACGUCUUCAAACGCGUCCUCGGGUACGAAGCGCAAACGCAUUCCCGCCAUAAAGUUCUAUGCAGUCCGCACUGGCUUGAAACCUGGUGUCUAUCAUAGUUGGUCCGACUGCCAAGAUCAGAUCAAGGGCUUCAAAGUCAAAUCAUUCCCUACCCUUACAGAAGCGGAGGCCUUCGUCAAAGCUACGUCCCCUCCGAAAACACCCCAAGCGCAGAAAUUCUAUGCAGUCCAAAGUGGACGGGUACCUGGGGUGUACACAGAUUGGGGGGAAGCCUCCCAGCAGAUCACUGGCUGGACUAAACCAAAACAUAAGGGUUUUACAACAAGAGCUGAAGCGGAAGCAUUCGUAGCAGCGGGACCAAACGCGGGUGGGCCAGUGUCCAAUGUAUCUGUAGAACUCGACAACCCCGCCCCCGAUGCAGUAGCGACUCCUCCCCCGACUAAGAGGCAGAAGAAGACGUCCACGCAAGUGCUACUGAAAACCGAUAGUGCCGAAGAUGAAGCCGGAGCUGGUACCUUGCCUUCGGAUGCAGAAGAUGGUUUCGACGAUCGCAUCAUUCUCAACCCAGACAAUGGCAAGGUUGUGUACAAGACUGAGGCCCAGCGAACCGCCACGAAGCUCCACCCGACUGGAAACCUCAAAGAUCCAGAAAAAUACAUGAAGAUAUAUACUGAUGGCAGUUCACUCGGGAACCAGAAUAAGAAUGCAUGUGCUGGAGUUGGUGUGUUCUUCGGACCUAGUGAUUCUCGAAACGUUUCAGAGCCACUCGCUGGUCCACGCCAGACGAACCAGCGUGCGGAACUGACGGCGAUACAACGCGCCCUUGACAUAGCUCCGAUUGAUCGACCAGUGGAGAUUAUAACGGACAGCAACUAUUCUAUCAAUUGUGUUACCGUUUGGUUUCAGAAAUGGCGUGAGAACAAUUGGAUCAACUCUUCGAGAAAACCUGUUGAGAACAAGGAUCUCAUCGAGGCCAUCGUAACUAAGAUUGAGAUGAGAGAGCAGCAUUGCAGAGUAGGCACCAAGUUUACUUGGGUAAAAGGCCAUUCUAGUGAUCCUGGCAAUGUCGCAGCGGAUCAUCUAGCAGUCAACGGUGCUAGACUGGCCUUGGGUCAGCGAGGUUCAAGUUAAGCAAAGCAAAUAUUUCAAGAUUCAGCUCUGCAUAUGUUACAGUCAGAAGAAACCCCUUGAUGUGACUUCGAUGUAAAGACUUCGUGCUCGCAAACCACUUACGUCUAAUGGUCGCAGAGAAUGCCCAAUAUGAGGUACCACAUCUGCUAUAUGAGAGAGUGUAUUUUAUCGAACAUCAUAACUUUCUAUGCGUUACGUGCUGCAAUCUCACUGCCCUUCACGCAGGUAUAUACAGUCAAUUAUGACGUUCAAAGAUCCAUGAAUCUGA